AUGCAGGCGAUGCUGCAGCAGCAGGUGCGUCGUUCUUUAUUGGAUUUCAGCAGCAGCAGCAGCAGCAGCAGCAGUUUGUAUGAAGCCGACGAUCUAUGUUACCCCGAAGAGAGAAAAGCAGCAGACAGAGAGGCGUGGCUGUCUCUCGCCCAGGAGAGAGACAGCCGCAGGAGACUGAGAGGAAACUAUAAAGAUGUAUUUGCUGCAGCAGAGCAGCAGCAGCAGCAGCAGCAGCAAAAUAAUAAAGAAAUACGCAAAGCCAUUCACAUACCUCGAGUACCCAAACUACCCAACAUGCAGGACUGGCAGUUUUACCGUCGCGAGCGUCUGGAGGAGCUGCAGGCGAUCGACGUGCAGUGGAGAUCGUCGCAGGGCAGCAGCAGGCCGCUGACGGAAGAAGAGAAAGAAGAAAGACAAACACUCAUCGCCGAAGGGUUCAGGUCCUGGGCCAAAAGGGACCUCCUCGCCUUCGUCAGGUGCUCAGAACACACACACACACACAUAUAUAUAUAUAUAUAA